GUUAGGCUAUGUGUUUUCCAGGACACACCUCAAACUGUGCGAUUGAAGGAGUUAGUGAUGUCUGUGACUGAAUAUCUUCCUCCAAAAGAGUUCCACAGACAUGGUGAGGAUUCCUGAAGCUGUCAGGAGGCUCAUGGAGACAUUUGUGUUAAUUUGUCAUCCAUCUGUAUGCAUACACAGUGUGUGUGUGUGUGUGUGUGUGUGUGUGUAGGCUGUAGGCGGCUCUUCUCAAGAAGUCCCGGUCUGACGGACAAGUUGAGGCGGUAUGAAGGUGUGGCAGCAGUCAUGAGGCGGAGUCCUGUCUGUGCCAUUCAACUAUCACGGGGGGAAAGUUUAUGCAACUUUUCCUGAUAUCCAUCUUCAUUCCGCGAGCUCUUUCGAUUAAUACUUGUGAGCAUAUGAUAGUGUUGUAGGAGAAGGGAGAUCUGAGUCAGUGCGGCUGACCGAGCCGAGAACAAAUCUCGAGGCAGCAGUAGCGGCAGCAGGUUGGAUUUCUGUGUCCUUGGGGUGCUGAAUCGGCUUUGCUGGAUCCCGAUCCUUCACUUCAUGCACAUGUUGCUCAUGAGUUCUGGAGGACCCUAACGACCUGCAUGGAGAACGCCUAAUAACUGCUGGGAGAAGAGGCUGUGCUUCACUGCAGCUCUGAUCUUUUCUUAAACACUUUUCCUCAUUUCCUGCCUUUUACUUCUUUUUCAAUUUUUUGCAGCACUUCCUUUUCCUACCCUUCCCCAUCACUUCUAAUACAGAAGAAUGCGCAGAUUCAGCUCUGAGGGAUCCCUCCUGGAUCUUGACUUCCUCCCAUGGAAGAAGGUGGAACUGAAAAACCCAGAUUAUGAGAAGAACCAGGGUUGUGGCACCUACACACCUCACAUAGCAGAAGAUAAGCUGGGUGGGAUCUUAGCUGUCCCGACUCCCACUAUCCAGGAGCCCAGAGCGAGUCCUGGCGAGGUGGGGAAGAAGCAGCUGGCCAAGGAGCACAGCGUCAGCGCAGAGAACCUGAGUGAGCUGGGCAAACUGGAAAAGAGCCACCUUGGAGUGUGUCUCAUCAAUGAAGGAUGCAGGGCCUACAGUGACGGCCAGCUGGCCCCGGCCGCCCAGGGCAGCAUGGAGAACGUAGCGAGAGACGACCAGACCCCUCGCUCUCCAUCAUCAUCCUCCUCCCACCACUUCCUCUUCAAAUCCCAGCACACCCACCAAAAACCAAGACUGUCAUCGGCUAAACUGCACCUCAAGAGUCUGUUUGGGCAGAGUCCUCAUUCCUCAAACUCCAACCUGCUCAACACAGAACCCAACAACAGUGCUACACACAGGAGGUCUCGCCUGCUCUUCAUGCGUCAGUGGAGUCAGGUGGGCCACAGUAAGAAGAGGAAGAUCAGUCGAGAAGAUCUGGAAAAGUGGGCUGAGUCCCUGAACGCCCUGCUGGCCAGCCAAACUGGUGUUUCUGUGUUUGGAGCAUUCUUGCGCUCUGAGUUCAGCGAGGAGAAUCUUCAGUUCUAUCUGGCCUGCGAGCAGUACAGACACUCGUCCAACAACUUCAGCCUGCAGAGGAGGGCCAAGGACAUCUGUGCCACCUAUAUCCAACCAGGUGCCCCCCGCGAGGUGAACCUGGACAGCAAGACCAGGGACCUGACGGUCCAGCUCCUGCAGGCCCCGUCUCACACCUCUCUGUCCCAUGCACAGAAACGCAUCUACUCGCUCCUGGACACAGACUGUUAUCCCCGCUUCCUCCAGUCCAGCGUCUACCUCUCCUUACUCCAGGAUGCUGACUAGAAGCAUGUGUUGCUGCUGCACCUGGACUCUGGAGGAGCAACAGUGGCUCGAUGCUUUCCAGGACUUCCUAAACAUUGUAGACCACAGAGCUAAAAAGAUAAAGCUACUGUGAAUGAAAUUUGUGUAAAAAUAUAUGUAUGGAGCAAACGUUGAUGUCCAUUGACAGUCUGUGUGUAGGAAUGUAAAUCACUUAUAUUAAGAGUUAAACCUUUGGGAAAUACACUUUGCGUUCUUUCAGUGAGUUGUUCAGAUUAGUUUCAAUAUCUGUCAUGUUAUCUCAUGUUAUCCCUGCUUCCAGUCUUUAUGCUAAGCUAAGCACAUCCCAACUCCAGCUCUGUACUUACCAAACAGUCAUGACACUGAUAUUGAUCCUUUCAUCCAACCUUUGAAAAGGCAAAUAAGGUAAUUUCCCAAAAUGUUAAAUUAUUCCUGUAUGUGCCUUCCCGAUGGCUUUGCGCUGCAGCAGUAGCUACAGCUGGCCCAGCCGAGGCAGUUUUCUUUCCAUCACUUUACAUGGUACGUGAAACUAUGUGGCUCUUGUUUUAAUCAUUAAACAUCGUCCCUGUAAGCAGCUAAUGUCCCAUGGUCCAAUAAGCUCAGACAGAGUUUCCUCUGCUGACAGAAAGGAAAAACAGGUUCAGCAAGAAUGAGCUCUUUAAAAAGGUCAAAGUACUGUGUGAGGUAGAAGGUGGCAAACGGGUAAAAUGACAUUCUGCCAUAAUACUCUUCACACAAAGACAAACUGUAUGCAGACAAUAGCCUCAGCAAACACUUAGUAAUUGAAAUAGGUUGUUCGUAAUGAGUAUACGGAGUAGCAUUUCCUUGAAUGUUGGCCCUUUUAAAAAAUAAAAACACCCUCAGAUACAGUAAUGAAUGUGUGUUCGGUUUGACAGUUGAGAAAUACAAUGCUGUUUUUCUAUCUGAUGCGUCUGUUGGUUCUUCAGUGGUCAUGCAGAGAUGGAGAUCAGCAUCAGCAGUAACUUUAGAGCUACGUGUGUGUGUGUGUGUGUGUGUGUGUGGACAACACGUGGCUGUGUUGUCUGUUGUCGUUUCCUGGCUUGAACCAGUCCACUCAUCUAAACUGACCAUGUUUAGCUCUUAUUGAAUGGAUAGUUUGUGCUGGUGUGGUUGAUCAUUCCUUUGUAUUUUGUCAGACAAAUGUAUUCUGCACUAUCCUCAAUACAUUGAGAUGUGGUGGGUUGCAGUAACUGAUUUUAAAGUAUAUAAAAGUUACAUUUCCUUCA